CGAGUUCGUUGCCGGAUCGCGGAUGGAUUGUUGUUUAGUUGAGAAGUGGAUUAGUGUGUGGUGGUUGUGUUCGUGUGUAAUUUCCGGGUUAUUUUUCUAACCGUAUAAAUAUUUACGUUCUUCUCGAUUUAUUCGCAACAAGUGGUCAAUGCCCGUUAAACUUUGUGUCAUCGUUGAUUUAAUCAUUUGACGAUUUUAUUUAAUUAAUUCUGUAAUGGUUCUCACGGUAUGAUUCAAGUUUUCAAUCUUCGUGAUGAUCUGAUGAUCCAGGGAUGAUAUUCUUCUUCGAGUUUACGAAUGACACGCGGAGUAACACGCAAUGAGGUGUUUUUGUACUAAAACCAGAACCUACCAUUGUAAAGUGGUGUUGCUGGAUGAUCAAGAGCUGUUACAAGAAAUUCAGAGCACGAGCACAGGACAGGAUGUAUUGGACACGGUGUUUCGUCACUUGAAUCUUAUCGAAACAUCAUACUUUGGACUACGCUAUGUCGACUGCAACAAUCAAACGCACUGGUUAGAUACGACGAAAAAAAUCACCAAACAGCUAAAAGGGAAGGAUUCGUUCACUUUGUACUUCGGAGUUAAAUUCUACGCCGCUGAUCCUUGCAAAUUAGUCGAAGAAAUUACCAGGUAUCAAUUUUUUCUGCAAGUCAAACAAGAUAUACUCCAAGGACGUUUACCAGCGCCAUUUGACUUGAUAGCUGAAUUAGGAGCAUAUGCAGUACAAUCCGAAUUAGGUGAUUACGAUCCCAGAAGACAUUCGCCCGGUUAUGUUUCCGAAUUCAGAUUUAUAUCCAAUCAAACGGUCGAAUUGGAGAAUAAAAUCGCCGAGCUACAUAAAGAUUUGCAGGGUCAGCUUCCAGCUGUAGCCGAAUUAAACUACUUAGAUAAGGUAAAAUGGCUGGAAAUGUACGGCGUGGAUUUACAUCCUGUUAUUGGCGAAGACAACGUCGAGUAUUUUUUGGGUUUGACUCCAAUUGGCGUUAUUGUACUGAGGAAUAAGGUCAAAGUUGCCAAUUACUAUUGGUCUAGAAUAAAGAAGAUUUAUUUCAAAGGCAAAUAUUUCAUGCUCAGAGUAAGCGAUAAAAACAACGAAGAAAAUACCUAUGGAUUUGAAACGCCAUCUCGAGCAGCUUGUAAACACUUGUACAAAUGUUGUAAAGAACACCAUUCGUUUUUUCAAUUAGUUCACGUUUCGACAAACGCCCCCGACGUUGUAAAUACCAGAUUCAGUAGUAGCAGAAUGGAUAAAUUAUCCGGUCGCAGUUCUCAGAUGGGAAUGCGUAAUCCGCCUUCGUUUAUCAGAACUCCUAGUCGAAGAUACCAAAGACGAAUCGUCGAAGGAGCCGCAGAAACGCCAAAAAUCGAAGACAAAGUAUCCGUUAAGGAAAACGUUAACGUGGAAGAACCGAAAAGCGUUUACGUAGCAUCUUCGACAACGAAUUCGUUCUACAUUCAAAGGAGCGAUUCGCCGAGAAGUACGAGAAGCGCGCCGUGGAGCGUUUGGGGUACAACUGGACCUCCGAGGAAUUCGUAUUCUAGUCAUUCGCCUCGAAGUGUUCGUUCAGCUGGACCUCAAGUACGAUUAACUCAUGCUCGCCGAUCCAGCAGCAUGGAAAGUCAAAGUAGCACUGAUUCGAGACCUUGUAGAAGGCAUAAACAUAAGAAUAAUAAACGAGGAUCGGAUAACGAAAGCGAUCUGUCCAGAUGUUCGAGUCAACAUGGACAUAGUCACAGAAGGCAUCGACACAGAAGUAGAAGAUCAUCAGGUAGCGAACAAGAACAUCAUAGUAGUCAUCAUGGAAAUCACACAAGGUAUAAAUUAAUAGACUCCGAGGGUCAAUGGAAAGAAGUGCAAAGAAGACAGGCUGAAGGAAAUAGUGGAAUUCACGAAGCCACCGUAGUCCGACCAAGAUCAGGAUAUAUCAAUAGUGGUAUAGAGACAGAAAGUGAACAUUCUUCUUGUCAUCAUCAUAGAAGAAAACACAGAAAACAUAGAUCUCGUUCUCGAUCUCCCGAAACUGGCAAAUCUCAUCUACCAGAAGAAUUAAAGCAACAUUUAGAAUUUCAAUUGGUGGACACCGAGGGUAUGUCCGAAGACCAGUUACGUGAGAUACCAUACACUGUGGUUAAAACAAAUGCUGCGAAAGCCGUCCGUGUGCGAUUAUCGUCAUCUGGUAAACCAAAAGUGCAAUCGAUACGAAGAGCUAAGAACGAUGUGAUCAAAGAAACGUUGUCAGGCUGCAACGAAGACAGUCCACCGCCACCUUACAGCGAAAGUCCAAUACUCUCAGAUCUUGGUAGCAAAACCACCAGCACCAAUACGACAGCGUGUACAGCUGCUGGAGACAGCAAUAAACAAAUUUCGUCGCAUUUAACAAGAGUAUCUAGUCAUAUGAUGAGAAACAACAAUAUAAAUCAAAAACCGUCUUGUUCCGCUUUAUACGGCAAUCCUUCUACAUUAUUAGGACAUCCGCAUUAUCUACCUGCUUCGAAUCACAGUAAAGAUAUUCCCAAUGGCAAUAGUUCUUGGAUAUCGAACGGAUCGAAUUUCCCAGAUGCGAUGGUCAUUGGGUUACCACCUCAGCCUCAUUCACGUAGACCUUAUAGUAACUCUCAUUCUGAUCUCUCAUUGAAUACUUCGCGUUCUAAUCAAAAAGGCUGGCCCAGUGGAGAAAUCCGUGGAACCGUAGGCCUGCCCUGGUCACCUCUAGCCGAGCAAAUCCAAUCACCUUCGGUAAACAGUCUAUACAGCACACUAGAUAGCAGCAGACGAGCCCCAAUUUUCAGUUCAGAUUACAACAACACCAAUCAAAACAUCCUGGAGCAUCGUUCAAUAAACGGCAACGUGUUCAGAAACAGUCCCAAAGCAUCGCCUCAAGUCCCUCAAGUCAGCACCUCGACUCCGGUCUCUCAGCAGAGCGUAUCCGUCAAAUACCUCGAAAAUGAGAAAAUGAAAAAACACCAUACUCCGGCGGAAACCGGUGUUUUGCGCAGUUACACAAAUACCCCGAAUGGUAAAGUAGCUUGGCCAAACGAACGUCAAUUAGGUUGGCAACCGAAAGUCAUCAAUGAAAAAGGUCAAUCUGCCAGCAACUCUGUUGGUCAUAAUUGGAGCAAUAAUUCUAGUUGGAAUGGAGAAGAGUAUUUGCAACAACAACAACAGCAGCAGUGGAACAAUGGUGCGACUAAUAACGCCGUAGUAACUAAUAUGAUUCCAACGCAGAGUUGGCAACCUCAGAUGCAGCCUCAGCCUCCUGUAAAUUUCAGAAAUUCCGACCGAGGACCUUUGCUAUUCGCUCCGCCGCCUCAGAUGCAUCGAAUUAAUGAAAACGUAACAGCCGAAGCUGCGGCCGAAAAUAAAUCCAAUUUUAUUAAUUUUAUCAACAACAAUCAACAAGCCAUUAGUCCAAAUAACAACCAUUCCAAUACACAACACUCUAUUAUAUCGGAAAUAAACUCCAGAACCAAUAUUCAAACAUCUGGUGGUAAAAAACACGAGAAUAGCAACUCUAAUGGAGAAUCUUUUUUAAAUUCGAGUAAUCAUAAUAUCAACGAUAGUAAUAACAAUGAUCAAAAUCAAAAUAACCACGAUCUAGUUAAACAAUUUAUCCAAGAAAUGAGCACCGAAUUGUAAAAGAAAAAUAUUCCGAAAGAAAAUUACCUACUUAUUUCCAUUCGUGGUUACAAAAUGAAAAUUACCUAUCGUAUUUUAUAAUUUUUCUACGUCGAUUAUCUUCUUAUAAAACAAAUAUACAAUUAUUUUUAUACUUGAAUAUGUUUUGCUCAGCACUGAAUGUAAUUUUGUAAUCAUUUUUACAGCUAAGUCAAAUUUUUUAUUUGUUUUUUGUUUUACGUUUUUUCUUCCGUUUUCUAUGUUUACAAUUUGAGAUAUUUAUUUAUUAAUUUUUUUUUUUUGUAUGUACACUUUAUAAUUUCAAUUUCAAUAUGUGUGUGUCUUUUUUUUGUACAAAUUAUUGACAAAUCAAAAAUAAUUGUAUUUUUAUUUACACGUUGAUGUACUUUUGUUGUGAUACUCGUAACAUUUUUAAUUUUUAAUUUUACAAUUCGUAUUUUCUUUUUUUUUCAUUGUAUGAAAAAUAAAUGUAAAUAUUUUUAUGUUUUUAAUGUCUCAGUAAAGUGCAUUUUUCAAAUUUUAUCGAUG